AUGCAUCUCUCCAAAAUUGCCAGCGGCCUCGGGCUCCUAGCUAGCGUUGCUUCUGCCGUUCCUCACGCCAAAGUUGCAGCACGCUCGAACUCGACAUCAACCCCUCAAACCGUAGUAUAUUGGGGCACGAACGGUGCUGGUGCAACUGAGAAUAACGACCUAAGCACUUACUGCGAGAACAAUGCGGGUAUCGAUGUCAUCGUCUUGUCUUUCCUCUACGAAUUCGGAAAUGGACAGGAAAUCCCAUCAGGUGUGAUCGGAAACUCGUGCUUCGUCAGCACCACCGGUGCUCCCCAGGAAUGUGACAAUGUGGCCCAGUCCAUUCCCAAGUGCCAGGAAGCUGGAAUUAAAGUCAUCCUUUCUCUAGGCGGUGCUUCCUCCUCCUACACUCUGACUUCCCAGGCGGAGGCUGAGAGUAUCGGUCAGUACUUGUGGGAAUCCUAUGGAGGCUCAGGAAAUACCACCGUGGAGCGACCCUUUGGUAAUGCUACCGUUGAUGGCUGGGACUUUGAUAUCGAGCUCAGUGAGGGCCAACAAUACUACCAAUACAUGAUUUCUAAAUUAAGAUCCAACUUCGCCUCCGACUCCAGCAAGACUUACUAUAUCACUGGCGCACCUCAGUGCCCUGUACCCGAACCCAACAUGGGAGUGAUCAUUGGCAAUGCCACUUUUGAUUAUAUUUGGAUUCAGUUUUAUAACAAUAACAACUAUGCACCAGACCCAUGCUCUCUGGGCUACAAUGGUGGCGCUCCUUUUAACUACAACGAUUGGGUUAAGUAUAUCGCCGACACUCCUUCGAAAGACGCCAAGCUGUUUGUCGGUGUUCCAGCCUCGACAUUGGGUGCGAACGGCAACACAGGUGGUGCAGAGUACUAUAUUACUCCAGCUGAGCUCGCUACACUCGUAUCUCAGACCAAGGGCAAUUCCACUUUUGGUGGUGUGAUGAUGUGGGACGCUGGUUAUUCUGACUCCAACACAAACAAUGGUUGCACUUACGCACAAGAAAGCCAUAGCAUCUUGACAACUGGUUCACCAUGCUAA